GAAACUCAAAGUAGUCAAGUAGGACACCAUGAAACCGUCGCAACCGCUAUGUAACCGCAUUAUUGAUCAGCUUAUUGCCGCCAUGAUCCAGAACCGUCCAUUCGACGCCGUUCUCGCUUCUUCAACGGUCGUGAAUCCAUGGACUCAGCAGCUCGUCUCCGAUGUCCUCCGCUCUAUCCCCAGAUUCUUCUUCAUUUCCCCACGAUCCAUUGGUCGGCAAAAGGGUUUUCGUCACCGGUCACCAUUAAAGCAGAGAAACCUCAGUGAUGAAUCACAACGACGUCGUUCUGAAGUCCUAGUUCUAGGUCCCGGUGCGUAUAUGGAUCCCAAGAAAGUCUCUCUCGGGUUGCAGAAAGCAUUGGAGUUCUUCUUUUGGAUCGAGACCCAUUUCGGAUUUGGUCAUAAUGAGAUCACUUGCAGAGAUAUGGCUUGUCUAUUGGCCAAAGGCAAUGACUUUAAGGGUCUCUGGGAUUUUCUCCGGCAAGUAUCUAGAAGGGAGAACGGCAUAAAUGUGGUCACAACAGCGUCUAUAACGUGUUUGAUUAAAUGCCUAGGAGAAGAAGGUUUUGUGAAAGAGGCAUUAGCAACCUUUUAUAGGAUGAAGGAAUAUCACUGCAAACCUGAUGUUUAUGCUUACAAUACAAUUAUCAAUGCUCUCUGCCGAGUGGGGAAUUUCAAAAAAGCGAGAUUUCUGUUGGAUCAGAUGCAAUUACCCGGUUUUCGAUACCCACCGGAUACCUAUACUUACACCAUUUUAAUUAGCUCGUACUGUAGAUAUGGGAUGCAAACCGGAUGCAGAAAGGCGAUAAGGAGGAGAAUGUGGGAGGCUAAUCGAAUGUUUAGGGAAAUGCUGUUCAGAGGGUUUGCACCCGAUGUGGUGACUUAUAAUUGCUUGAUCGAUGGAUGUUGCAAAACGAAUCGGAUUGGUCGGGCUCUCGAGCUGUUUGAAGAUAUGAAGACAAAAGGGUGUGUACCGAACCAGGUGACUUAUAAUUCUUUCAUAAGGUAUUAUAGUGUUACCAAUGAGAUAGAAGGUGCAAUCGAGAUGAUGAGGACAAUGAAGAAGAUGGGUCAUGGUGUACCUGGUUCAAGCACGUACACACCGCUGAUACACGCUCUUGUUGAGACCAGGAGAGCGGCUGAGGCUCGGGAUUUGCUGGUGGAGAUGGUAGAGGCUGGGUUGGUUCCGAGAGAGUAUACUUAUAAGUUGGUGUGGGAUGCUCUGAGCUCAGAAGGAAUGGCGGGUACACUUGAUGAAGAGCUGCAUAAGAGAAUGAGGGAAGGAAUACAACAGAGAUAUAGAAGAGUCAUGAAGAUCAAACCGGUCAUGGCUCGAAAGGAGGUUGUCCAAAAAUCGGAUUUUCACGAGAUUGACAUGAAUCAAAAUUCUGCAAUGGAAGAAAUCUGACAGAUGAUGGUAUAAUUCAUGCUCAAAUUUGCAUGGCUUUCAUGAUGCAUUAGAUAGUUUGAUUGAAACGCUAAUUAUCGACUUAGU